AUGGACACCUUGGAUAAGGAGGAGGAUGGCAUGUUUGAUGGCCAGGUUCUCACUUGGGUGUCCAACCAGCAUUGGUCCAGGGCAUUUGCAGCCGAGAGACAAAAGAUGAUUGAGAAUUAUUCCAAAGGAUUACACAUACUGCUGGCUUUUAUGGAAAGGUCUAGCGGCAAGCUGGAAGAAUUGGUAGCCCCAAAGCAUCCUUUCUUGGUAGAUAUGCUGCAAGAUGUGAGGGAAACUGAAAAGGCCUUCAGUGGAAGGCCUGUUUACAUUGCAGCAUCAAAGAAAAGUACCCAAGAGAUCGUUUGGAUUUUUGUUGGGGGCGGAACAAAGAUGACCUAA